UUAAAUUGUUAUAUUGAGAAAUGAGUUAAAAAUCCAUUUUAUUAAUUACAAAAUAGUGGUAAUGGCAGAAGGAGAAAUACCGGAAGAAACUCGAAGGUAUCCUGUGCAUUUGAAUACAUUUCGUAUUCCAGAUGAUGAGAAACUUCUAACAGCAUAUAAUGUAUAUCAAGCAACUCCUCAAACUAUCGAACUAAAAAGUGAAAGAUAUCGUGAAUUAUUUCCCGAUGUCUUUUUACUUAAUAAAAAAUUAGGCACCCUCGCUGAUAUCUGUGUAACUACUUUAGCAAGAGAAUAUGGUCCGAAGGGUUUAGAUGAUUCCUUUAAAGAUGAUCCACUUAAGUGUCGUAUUUUUUACGAUUCUUUGGAUAUAGAAACAGCUUUAGAAAAAUGUUAUUUUGUUCAAGAUGAGGGCUUUUGGCGUAGACUUGUCUUAGCAAAGAGUGAAGAUAAAUCAUUAAUUCACAAAGAAUCAGUUGAUUGGAGAGGUUUAGGAGCUUCAUUAAAAUUUGUUGAAUUGGUAGAAGCAUGUCCGUCUGAAUAUUGGCCAAAAGAUGAGAUGCAGCCUUUGGCUUUACUAAUUAAGGAUUUUGUAACCGACAUGCAUAUAAGCAGAUUACAAGCAUUAGAAGAUGGAACUUUAAUGGAACAUAUCGAUAGCGAUCUAUCUGAAACGGAAAGUGAAAGCGAUAUAAGUACUACCUCUGAGUCUGAGGUACCUUAUGAAGAUGAAAAUGCAGAAGAAGAAAAAACUGUAGAGCAAUUAGAAAUGGAAAAAGAAAAAGCUGAAUUAAGAUUGGAACGAAAAAGAAACCAUGAGGCAAGACGUGAAGCUAUACGAUUAAAAAAAGAAGCAAGAGAAAGGCAAUAUUAUGGUAUAGUAAUCCCUGAAGAAGAGGUCGAAGAAGAACCACCUCCUGCACCAGUUAAAAAAAAAAAAAAAAAGAAGGCUAUUAAAGACGUAUUUGAAAUAGAAAUAGAAGAAGAAGAAGAUGAUCAUGAAAAUGAAUUUAAAGAUAAAAGAAACAUUGGUAAAGCAUUGGAAAAGGAUAAAGGAUAUAAGUAUCCCCCAAAACAUUGCAAUCAUAUAAAUUUAAGUUUUAUACGCUUCUUCGAUAACUUGGUAUCGUUCCAAAUAGAGUUUCAGGGACCAAGGCUUGGACGUAAUUAUCAUACAAAAUAUUUUCAAUUUUCAUAUGAAGAUGUAAAAAAUUUAGGACGGGGUUUAUAUGGAUUAAAAGCUUUAAAAAUAUUUCGCUUACGUAACAGUCGCAUGAACUCGAAAAAAUUAAAUAUUCUACUUAAAACAUUAAUUGUUCUACAAGAUUUAGAAGUAUUAGACUUUGGAUAUGAUCAACUACAAGACGAUUGUUUGCGCUUAUCAGACUUAUUACAAUUUACGAAAAACGUAAAAUCAAUUGAAUUGGAAGGAAAUUAUUUGGGACCAAAUGUAAUGGAAAAGUUUGGUGAAGCACUUGAAGAUUAUAAAGGAGUAGUUGAAUACGUAGGACUUGCAGCAAACCCUCUUGAAGAUGCAGGUCUGCAUAGUUUCGUAAGUGCUAUAAUUGGUACGGAGCAAGUAUCAAAAUUGUGUCUCAAUGGAAUUGAGGUUAGUCAGAGUGGCAUAAGUUGUUGUAUAGCUGACGAACUUUUAGCUUGUCACAAACCUUUGCAAGAAUUGGAUUUUAAAGGUGUACAAAUUGAAUGGGAUACCAGUGAAGACAUAAUGAGGGCGCUUGUUAAAAAUCAAAAGAUUUCAAAUUUUGAUUGUAGAGGCUGUGGAUUAGAAUUUGAAAUAGAAUUCGAAAUUGAAGUUAUAAUGAGAAGAAAUAAAUACAUACAAAAUAAUCCAUAUAUUGGUAACGAAAAUGAAACAAAGGAGAGUAUACUUGAAUUUGCCCGUAGUGUGAAAAAUCCCAGUUUAUUAGAAGCCAUGAAAUAUGUAGAAGAUCGCAUGCAAUGUCUCGCGAAACGCCCCAAUAUAUAUGAACCUAAACCACCAAUUCGGCCUUCAAGUGUAUAUUUCGAUGUAGAAGAAGAUGAUUCAUAUUUCGCGUUCAGACACUUAGAUAAACAAGAAGAAGAAUUCAAAUUCGAUCCAAAUGAAUUUAAUAAAGAAGAAUUUUUAGAGCACGUUAAUCUUCCAGGUCCAGAAGAGCGUUAUUACUUCUUCAAAGUCAAAAAAGAAGAAGAAGAAAAUUUAGAUUAUUAAAAAAAUGUGGUCUUUUGCUUAGGAUAUUUUCUUUUGGAUAUAAACAAAUCAAUUUUCCAAAUUCCAUUGGUGUUACCAAGGAUACGAUUAACAAAAUACGGAAGCGAAAAUAUUUAGAGUUUUCCGUGGUUUUAAUGUUAAAGAAAAUUUAAUACAU